CGGGGUCAGUUCUCUUUAGUGUUUGCCGAUGUUGGAAGCGUCUCCAAAGUGUUCCCGGGAACCAGAGCUGUUGGGCUUCAGCCCCAAGUUACUCAGACUUCUGCCAAUGUAAUUCCGGCUUUGGAGUCCCCAGUGGAAGAAAAGUCAACCAUGAUGACAGCAGUGCAAAGCCCUCACAAACUUGCUUUGUUGGGGGCCUGAGCUGGUGUGCAGACCGCACCCUCUACUGGUCGGACUUCUGUGAAGACCUACUCAUGAAGACACUGCCUGUUGUCCUCUGAGGGUGAAUUUCCCUGCAGUGCAGCUAGCCUGAAAAUGGAGGUUAAUGCUACAACUCCCUUGUCUUCACUAGGAUUGUAACACAGUGAUAGACAAUGGCACAAGUUAAAAUUCAGACUGCAGCAAACCUCUCUGGACCUACCCUUCCCCCUUCGGUGCUACCCCCAUCAGUAACAAAUGCAAGUUCGCUGGGUCUGCAGACCUCAAUGAAUGGAUCCAUUUCAGAAUCAGCUGCCAGCUGUAACAGUCCAACAGCUGGUCUUGUGGAUUCUGCACCUUCUAGCAACUCACCAGCUCCUCUCCAAGAUAACAUGGCAAACCCCAAAGAGAAAACUCCAAUGUGUCUGGUAAAUGAGUUAGCCCGUUUCAAUAGAGUUCAACCCCUGUAUAAGCUUCUGAAUGAAAGAGGGCCUGCUCAUGCCAAGAUGUUCACAGUGCAGCUGAAUCUUGGUGAGCAGACAUGGGAAGCGGAAGGGAGCAGUAUUAAAAAGGCUCAACAUGCUGCUGCUAGCAAAGCUUUGAACAAAACGAACCUUCCCAAACCAACUCCCAGACCACCCAAAAAUAACAUUAAUAAUAACCCAGGCAGUAUAACUCCAACAGUGGAGCUGAAUGGUCUGGCUAUGAAAAGAGGAGAGCCUGCCAUCUACAGGCCACUAGAUCCAAAGCCAAUCCCAAACUAUAGAGCAAAUUAUAACUUCCGGGGCAUGUACAAUCAGAGGUAUCACUGCCCAGUGCCUAAGAUUUUUUAUGUCCAAUUGACUGUUGGUAACAGUGAGUUUUUUGGUGAAGGAAAGACUCGUCAAGCUGCUAGACACAAUGCUGCGAUGAAGGCUCUUCAAGCUCUCCAGAAUGAACCUAUCCCAGAAAAAUUACCUCAGAAUGGAGAGGCAGGAAAGGAAACAGAAGAAGAAAAAGAUGCAAACAAAUCUGAGAUCAGCAUAGUGUUUGAAAUUGCCUUGAAGCGCAACAUGCCUGUCAGUUUUGAGGUGAUUAAAGAAAGUGGCCCUCCACACAUGAAGAGCUUUGUUACUCGAGUUUCAGUAGGAGAGUUCUCUGCAGAAGGAGAAGGAAACAGUAAGAAACUCUCAAAGAAACGCGCUGCAAUUGCUGUCUUACAAGAACUCAAAAAACUUCCACCUCUUCCUGUGAUUGAAAAGCCAAAACUUUACUUUAAAAAACGCCCAAAAACAAUAUUAAAGACUGGACCAGAAUAUGGUCAAGGAAUGAACCCCAUUAGCCGCUUGGCUCAAAUCCAGCAGGCCAAAAAGGAGAAGGAGCCAGAGUAUAUUCUUCUUUCAGAGAGAGGGAUGCCUCGUCGCCGAGAGUUUGUUAUGCAGGUCAAAAUAGGCAGUGAAGUUACUACUGGAACAGGCCCCAACAAGAAAAUAGCUAAAAGAAAUGCAGCAGAAGCGAUGUUGCUACAGCUUGGUUAUAAAGCCUCCACCCCUCUUCAAGAUCAGCCAGAAAAGCCAGGGGAAAACAAAGGUUGGAAUGGCCAAAAUGUUGGGUUUCCUGAGCCAACGAGUAACACACCAAAGGGAAUUCUCCAUCUCUCACCUGAUGUUUAUCAAGAGAUGGAAGCAAGCCGCAACAAAGCAGCCCCUGGCACUACUGGAAGCUAUUUGUCAUCCAAAGAAAUGAGCCAGACUUCUAGCUCUUUCUUCAGCAUAUCUGCUACUACUAAUAGUACAGCUACAAUUGCCAGGGAACUCCUCAUGAAUGGAACAUCCCCGACUGCUGAAGCCAUAGGUCUAAAAGGAAUAUCUCCUGCUUCCCCCUGUUCUGCAGUGCAGCCUUCAAAACAGCUGGAGUAUUUGGCAAGGAUUCAAGGCUUUCAGGUACACUACAGUGAUAGACAAAAUGGCAAAGAGUGUAUGACCUGUUUGACACUGUCUCCUGUGCAGAUGACUUUCCAUGGUAUCGGAAGUUCCAUUGAAGCCAGCCAUGACCAGGCAGCUUUAAGUGCCUUGAAACAGUUUUCGGAACAAGGACUGGAUCCAGUGGAAGGGGCUAUGAAGGUUGAAAAUGGAACACUUGAAAAACAAGUCAAGCAUCUGGGAGAGAAAGCAGACAAUAAACAGACUAACUCAGGCACCAUUGCUCAGGACUGCAAGGAUUCAAAGGCUGUCGUCUAGGAGCUUCCCAGCACCCACGGCCGCCACUGCAUCCUUAUAAACCUGUCAACACGCAAUAGGGUGUAUGUGUACAAGGAAAUGAAUGACUAAUACCAUUAUUUGAGUCUUAUGUGAAGACAACACUAUUCUAACACAAGAGAUAGUAUACAUGGUACUGUUUAUUCAACUGGGGGAAAAUAAAAUUGAGCAUUUCCCUCUGAACUUGAGAUCAGAUCAUAACUCAAUUGCCCAGAGGCAGCAGAAAUCUGAUCAUGUUACUGGAACUUAAAAUAACAAUUAAUUAACAAAGUGUUAUGAAAAAAGGUAAAGUUUAAAAUUUAUUAAUAAGAGUCAGCAUUGAUUCAGUUACACAAUUUUUUCAUAGUGUAGUUUAAGUUCAGCUUUACUCUUUUUUAAAAUAAAUGCUUGAAUAUUUUAAAAUUAACCAAUGACAGUGCUGUGAGAAUUGUAGUUGUUGUCUUCAUAUAUAGUCAUACAGCUUAUCUUUUUAUGCAGACAUUAUGCAUUCUUCAUUCUAUAUCAAUAUGUAUGACUUUAAGAUGCACUACUCAGAGUUGUAUGCAAACAGAAGUUUAAAUCAUGAAAAGUCUUUGCUUAAACAUGAACUGAUGUUAGUAAUGAUCAGUCGCAAUAUACUCCAGGAAAAGCAGUUACCGUAUUUGAUUUCCCUCCCCAUUAUCAAUUGGAAAGGCGUCUUGCCUCCAAGGAACAUUUCCCCCUUAAUUCUGCUCUCUGUUGUGUGAAACACAUCUACACCCCAUUCUGUAUGUUGUAUCAACCCACCGUUUGCAUCAACUGAGUGUUUUUAAUAACUGCAUUCUGAUCAGGAACAGCAGAUAGGAUUGAAGUGUUAUCGAGAAAAGGGAAGAAAACUGUUGAAACAGAUGUAAAGACUCUCCUUGUAGAAGGAAUGGUAUUAGAGAUGAAACUGGCAGCUGCACUCGGUACCAGAAUGUUCAGCUAUGUGGGCAAAUGCAGUAAAACCACAUCAGUUCAUGUGUACAAUGGUGGUGUCAUCUCUUCUUUAUCUUUAAAAAUAUUCACCUAGCAGAACUACUUGAAAAGUCACAAAAAUUUACAAUAAACAACUAGAACCUA